AUGGAUAAUUCAGACAAACCGUUUCAAAUUAUGAGCUCAACUUUGAAUGAGAUGCGUCUGGAGGGCGACUUUAUUGAUGCCGAAAUCAGAGUUCAAAAUGCCACUUUUCCGAUCCACAAGGUCAUCCUUGCUAAUUGCAGCCCGUACUUCAGGGAUCUGUUUUCCCGCCAAACUGUUUACACAGUUUCUGAAUAUUCACCUGAAAUUAUGCAACUCAUCAUCGAGUUUGCAUAUACCAAUACGGUUUUGGUGACAGAUGACAAUGUGGAGGAACUUUUCUGUGCAGCGGAUCAUUAUGGUAUUGCCGGCCUAAUUCAUGCCUGCAUCACCUUCUUGGAAGAGCACCUCUGCCCGCAGAAUUGCAUCAACAUCUGUCAUUUGGCUGACAAGCUCGGUUACGCAGAGCUUGGACACAAGGCCUACAACUUCCUCUUUGACCAUUUUGAAUCAUGUAUUGAUUCUUCUGGGUUCCUCCAGCUCUCACUGGAGGAACUGAAGGAUAUCAUCAAGAAAGAUGAAGUCAUUGUGAGAGAGGAGAGUAUAGUGCUUGAAGCUAUCCUGCGCUGGAUCGCUCACUCACCAAACCAACGAAACAGCCACAUUUUUGUCCUGCUGUCUAAGGUCCACCUGCCUUUGUGUAGCACUGAAUACUUAAGGAACAACAUUGAAUCCGUGAUUCAUAGAGACCCUCACUUCAUCAAUGUUUCUGGCUGUCCACGCUUCCCCACCGCCAUCUUGUUUGCAACUGGAGGAUGGCAUGAUGGCCGGCCAACAAGCGAAAUCGAAGUGUAUGAUAUCUGUGCAGACCGUUGGGUUGAUUUACCGAACAGUCUGGAGGAAACUUGUGCAUACCACGGUACUGUUUUCCUGGAUGGAUCACUGUACUGCGUUGGUGGCUACAAUGGUGUGGCGCAUUGCAAGACCCUCAGGUUUGACCUGAGCACCCGCAUCUGGCAUAGAGAAGCACAAAUGCAGGUACCCAGAUGCUACGUUAGUGUUUGCGUGCUGAAUGGGCUCAUCUAUGCCAUGGGAGGAAACGACGGGAUUGCCACGCACAACAGUGCCGAGCGGUACGACCCUCAAACCGAUCGUUGGACUUUUAUUGCACCCAUGCACGAGCGACGGAGUGAAGCUAGUUGCGCCGUUCUCUAUGGCAAGGUGUACAUCUGUGGUGGAUUGAACAGGACCCUUCAUUACCUCUCAUCUGCUGAAUUUUACGACCCAGAGACCGAUCGUUGGACAGAAAUUGCCCCAAUGACGAGCCAGCGCGGUGGCCUUGGAGUCGUUGCCCAUGGAGGAUGUAUUUAUGCUGUGGGGGGUAAUGAUAGAACCAGCCGUUUGAGAAGUGCAGAGGUGUACAGUUUAGACACUCACAGAUGGGCUCCACUUCCUUCAAUGCACGUCCCCCGCAGUAAUUUUGGAAUCGAGGUCCUAGAAGACAUGAUUGUUGUGGCUGGUGGCUUCGAUGGAUCCCGCAUCAUCAACACUGUGGAGUGCUACAACAUCAGAGCUGCUCAGUGGUCCAUGAUGAUGGACAUGGGCACCUCUCGUUGUGGGCUGAGCUGUUGCGUGGUGUCUGGAAUCCCCAACAUGCGGGAGUAUGUCCCUGUGCGUGACCAGCCACAGGAUUAUGACAUGGAGGAGGAUUUGUGUCUGCCCACAAAACCCCUGCAAGCCAAAUCUGAGCCCACCAAAGUCAGCACAGCCACAAUGAUGACUGAAGACCUCUCACAGGAGACAGAGGAGCGAGAAUGUCUAAAGCUGGAAAAUGAAGCUCUGAAGUUCACUAUGGAGAAAGAACUGGCACCUGUGAAGUUACAGUGUGCUGAAGAACUGAAAGCCAAGUGCGAAAACUACCAGAAACAACUGGAAGCUCAGCAGAAAAUCAUGGAGAAAGAGCGGGAAGCUUUGAAGGCACAGUUUGAUGAAGAAAUGAAAGCCAAACAGCAAAAUUACCAGAAACAACUGGAUGCCCACAAGACAGAGUACAGACAAGAAAUGAAAGCGAAGCAAGAACUUCUACGAGAUUUGCUGGAAGCUCAGAUGAGGAUUUUGGAGAAAGAACUGGUAGCUGUCAAAGUACAGUUUGAACUGCAAAAGCAAAACUACCAGAAACAACUGCAACAGUCUGAGUGCAGAAAAGAAAUGAAACGGGAAGAAGCCCAACACCAAGAAGAACUGGAGGCACAGGAGUCCAGAUUCAAAAAGAUGAUCAAAUCUAAGACGGACAAAGCCUGGGUCUACAUCUUUAGUGGUGUUUGUCUUGUUGCUGGGUUCUUGUCAGCAAAGUUUCUGACAAAUUAA